UCAGCAUUCUCACAGAAGACGAUUUUUUUUCUUAAAUGUCUUGCCUUUUGCAAGCUUUUAUCAGACAGGUAAGAAUGCUGUUUUAUUUUUCCUAAUGAGAAUUCCUUCUGCCUGCACAAAGAAACAGAGGUAGGAGGUUUGCAUCUGAAUUGUGAUAUGGAGUGUGCAGACAAUCUCCCAGACGAAGUAUUAAAAGUCCUGAAAUAAUUCAGAAAAUGCAAGUGCAUGAGCCUGGCACUCCGACAGGCUUAAUUUUCAGCCAAAAAUUUGCGAGAUAAGUCACAGCAAAUGGGCUCUUUAUCCUUCAGUGAGCAACAUUAUCAAAAUCAGCAUUUCACACAGGCAAGCUUUUUCAUUUUAAACGCUACCUCCAAAUACAAACACUAGAGCAGAGAUAAGAUUCAUAUGGAGAAAAUCUACUGCUUAACUUCUUUUGUGAGCUCCCAAACACACUUUAAUGAGUUACAUGAAUAGUCAGUGACUAGAAUUUCAAAGCAGAGUGAAAUCCUCAUCAGAUUAGCUUUGAAAAUGUUUCAAAAACGUUCCAUGCUUUUUCUCCCAUUUAAAUUUUUAUUUUAUGUAAGAGUGCGUGUCUUCAUCUAAGCUUGAUAAAACUGUGAAAUAUGAUAAAUUUAGCGAACAUCAUCAUCAUUAUUUAUGCUUUAUCUUGUGUUUUUAUUCAAUGCAAUGUAGAACAGAUAUUAAUAACUCUCCGUCUACACUCCAUAUCGUGUUCCAAGUCCGUAUAAAACAUGUCGUCUUCCCCCUCACCUCUGGCGUCGUGUUUUCUCCACAGCACAGGACUGUGGCAGGCGCUGAGUCAAUCUCAGACCCAUCGCACAGGCCUGGAAAGAGCCUGACAGAGGGAGAGGCGAUGAGCCAGGGUCAAUACAGAUGUCUUGAGCUGUCCAACAAAGACCAUCAAGAAAACAGAACCGGUACGUUAUGUGCACGUAUUUGGGAUGGCUUGCUAUGCUGGGAUGACACACCAGCUGGGACGUCUGUAACACAAAACUGUCCAGAUCACCCUGACCUGGACGCAACUGAAAAAGUGACCAAACAUUGUGAUGAAUUGGGUAACUGGGUCCACACUGGGCCCCCUUGUCAGCCAGCUUCAAAGAACAAAUUAGAGAAGGAAGUCCCACAUUUCUUAAGAGAUGCUGCGGAAGAGCCCACCACAGAAGCCACAGGAGUAAACACAGAAAAAGGUGGUGUUAUGGAUAUCAUCCUCAAUAACGAAAAGAAAUGCUCAGAGAAAAUGUUGAAAGAUCCAUCUUAUAAUAAAUCAGGUCUGUACUGCAGUCGUAACUGGGAUGGAUGGCUGUGCUGGGACGAUACUCCUGCAGGAACCAAUGCCUCACAAAACUGCCCUGAUUAUUUCAGCGAUUUUGACCCCACAGAAAAGGCAACUAAGUACUGUGGAGAAGAUGGUCAGUGGUUUCAUCAUCCAGAGGCCAACAAGAUUUGGACCAAUUACACACUCUGUGCAACCACCCAUGAGAAGAGGCUGAGGAAACUGAAAAUGCUUGAGAAUGAAUACAAAUGCCUCCUGAAAAUAAAUCGAGAUCCACCUUUCAACACAUCAGGUCUUUACUGCAGUCGUAACUGGGAUGGCUGGCUGUGCUGGAACGACACUCAAGCAGGAACCUACGCCUCCCAAAACUGCCCUGAUUACUUUUCUGACUUUGACCCAGCAGAAAAGGUAACUAAAUAUUGUGGAGAAGAUGGGCUGUGGUUUCGCCAUCCAGAGAGUAACAAGAUCUGGACCAACUACACACUCUGUGCUGUCAAUACUAAGGAGAAAUGGAAGGCAGCUGCCCAGCUCUCAGGGGACACUGAGUUAGAGCCCACCAACGAGGCCACGGUCAGUCCCAUGGUCAUCCCAGAAGAGCAGGAAAUUGUGAGGAAGAAAAUCCUCGACAGCCAGUACAAGUGCUUUGAGAAAAUGAAUCGAGAUCUACCUUACAACAAAUCAGGGCUGUACUGCAGUCGUAACUGGGAUGGCUGGCUGUGCUGGGAGGACACUCCAGCUGGAACGUACACCUCUCAAAACUGCCCUAAUUAUUUUGUCGACUUUGACCCGACAGAAAAGGCCACAAAGUAUUGUGGGGAGGACGGGAAGUGGUUUCGACACCCGGAUACCAACAGGACUUGGUCCAACUACACACUCUGCAAUGAAAGCACUGAGGCAAAGUUGAAGUCAGUGUUCAUCCUCUUCUACAUGGCAAUUGUGGGUCAUGCUUUAUCCAUAGCCUCCUUGCUCAUCUCUCUGGCCAUCUUCUUCUACUUCAGGAGUCUGAGCUGCCAAAGGAUCACCCUGCACAAGAACCUCUUUUGCUCCUAUGUGCUCAAUUCAGCCCUCACCCUCAUCUCUCUCCUAGCAGUGGUCAAUAAUCCUCAAGUGGUGGGCAGAAACCCGGUCAGCUGUAAGGUGUUGCAAUUUUUCCACAUGUACAUGCUGGGCUGCAAUUAUUUCUGGAUGCUCUGUGAAGGCAUUUACCUGCACACACUCAUUGUGGUGGCUGUAUUUGCAGAGGAGCAACAUCUGCAUUGGUACUACCUCCUGGGCUGGGGCUUUCCUCUAGUGCCUGCAUCCAUCCACGCCGUGGCAAGGAAAAAGUAUUUCGAUGACAACUGUUGGAUUAGUGUGGAAACCAAUCUGCUCUACACAGUCCAUGGUCCUAUAGUGGCAGCACUUCUUGUAAACCUCUUCUUCUUACUUAAUAUUAUAAGAGUGUUGGUCACCAAGUUGAGAGACACACACCGGGCAGAGUCCAACAUGUACAUGAAAGCAGUGAGAGCCACCCUGAUCCUGGUGCCCCUGCUAGGAAUACAGUUUGUCAUAAUCCCCUGGAGGCCAGAGAACCGGCUAGCUGGGGAGGUCUACGAGUACAUCAUGCACAUACUUAUGCACUACCAGGGAUUAUUGGUGGCAACAAUAUUCUGCUUCUUCAAUGGAGAGGUGCAGGCAGCUCUAAAGAGACAGUGGAUGCAGUACAAAACCCAGUGGGGUCAGAGACGAAAGGACCACUGUUCAAUGCGCUCCACGUCCUACACAGCAACCUCCAUCACCGAGGUGCCCGCCUUCAUGUACCACCAUGACUGUAACAGCGAACAUUUGAACGGGCGCCACACGGAGGACUCUGAACUGGUGGCACUGAAAUCAGGAGAAACGUACGCUUGAGCCACAGAGUCACAACGGAGGUAGAGAGUGUAGCGGUGGGAACAGCUGAAGAAGAGCAACAGAGCAAUGGAGAUGUACAGUAAGAAAUGAAAAUGAUUCCAGUUUGCCCGCCAUUUCUCAGUGAUUAAAUAUCAGCCCAGGACGACAAUACUGGUCAGGAAAUAAAGAGCUCAUUGGGACGGAGACGGACUAGCUGACAUUUUACUUUACAUUGCUGUUGCGGCUGCUUUUAGAUUGAUGUCAAGAACUUGUGGCAUGAGACAAGAGCUGCUUUUUGACAUGUGCCACUUCCUAAAGCUGCUAAACUGUGAGUGUGCUCACAGCGAUGGAGACAGUGUGGAGACAAAAAUAACUGUGACUGUGAUGACAGUGAGGGUGCCGAUGUUUCCUGUUUUGAAAUGAUGCUGCUGAAUGUGACAGUGAUGGUAAUAUGGGUUCUGAUCGACAUGAGGCAGAGGUCAAUAAUGAUUUUGAUGGUGUCAUGAUGAUGAUGAUUCUUAAGGUGAAGUAGAAGAACCACUCCUUCCUAACCUCACCUAUACCAAAGGGUACUGUAUGUUGGUCACAGCUAUGAAGGGGUGUCCAAACCGACACACACACACACACACACACACGCCAUCAAACUUCACAAACCUGAUCGUAUGUGCCAUGAUAGAGGUCGAAUUUCAACAGAACCUCUGUGCUUGAAGCUCUGGAAUUGUGUACAUAAUGUUUAAUUUGGAAAAAAAAAUGAUGUUCAGAUGUUUUAAAAGGAUUUUAUUUUUGUUUUCUAUUAAUAUUUUAUUCUUGCCAAUUCCUAAGUACGUGCUAAGUGUGUCCUGUGAUGCUGCACUCCUGACUGCUUUGUUGUUUUGCAGUUGCUGUAUUUGUGCUGAUGCCGAACAUCACAGGGCUGAGAAGCAAAAAGAAGAAGCUAAAUGCACAAAUGAAUAUAUGAAUAAAAAACUUUAUUUUAAGGUUAUUUAACAGCCACAAGAGUUGUUUCACUGUGUAUGAUUCAAAUAUGCUAUCAGUUGUGCCAAUGAUUCUGACAAACGAGCAGCUUCUGUGUUGAAGCUGCACUGUCUGAUUUUAUUCACAAUUAUACUUUAUCAUGCUCAUGAUGCCUUUAAUCUAUGAUAUUCUGUCCUCCAUACAUAUUUAUUCAUGAAUUUUGUAGCAUUUUUUUUAUGAAUGAACAUCCAGGGCAAAGCAAAGUCUCGCUAAAGAUGAAAUGAUGAGAAUCCAUACUGUCUGCACAUUAAAAUCUUAAAGCCUUGAUCACAAUCUUGCACAGACAAAGAAUAAUCUACUCUUUAUCUUAAAUGUAUUCAUAUUACUCUUCAUUUUAUUGUUGCUUUGUCAUAACUGUGCCAUAUGAUUGUGUAGGAUGAAAGUUAAGAGUAUUGAUGGCCAUAGUGCAUUUAAUUAUGAGUACCAUCAAAAAGACCACCCCGAAUUUUGCUUUGUGUCCGUAUCCAAAAUUUUAAAAAUCUGGUUUGUUAAAACUUGGAUAAAUUGUGAAAGUUACUUAGAAGGCUAAUACGCUUCUAAAUUGCAUUUCUGAUAACAGACAUUUAAAUUCAGCUAGGGAAAAACAUUAAUUAUUCUAGAGCCAGUGGCCAAUAAAGCCUCUAGGUGGCUCAGACUGCUGUGAUAUGUUUGUUGACCCCUUUACAGAAAAUUACCACUCUCUGUUUACAUAACAGAGAAAAAGUUCAGAGAACCAAAAUGUUUGUAAAAGACACAAAGAAGGAGCAUCUUUAAGGAUAAGUCUGGGGAUAUAUAUUAUUUAUUUAUUGGUAACAAUUCUCAUGAAAAGACUAAACCAACAAUGCAUUAGACCAUCUCUCAAUACUGUUCUACACUGUCUGUGGCACUCAGCUAAAAGCCCAUCAUUUCCUACAGUAAUGAAGAUGUCUUGAAGAGCCUUUAAAAAUGAGUAAAACUAUAUAUAGUUUAAAUUUUUCAAAUAUGACUUUUUUAAAACAGCGGAGCACUGCAGUUUUUGGGAAAUGUUAACUAAGUAGUGUUGUUGGGGACUGUUUUUAGCCAUGCAUUAAUACAUGUUUGAUGCUCCAGUGAGUACAAGCAGCAUGGAUGGGGUAUGUGGGAUUUACUCAAAACCAACUACAGUCCCAGUGUUCAUGGUAAUGAAGGUAAACCGGUGCAGCAGUGUGACUCACUGGUGUGGUUUUAAUAGUUUUAUGGAGAACAAUGGAUCACAGAGGGAUAAAGUAUAUCCUUGACACACAGAAACAAUAUCAUAGCAAUUCGUUGUCGGUUUAUAAAGACAAAAAUCUUUUUCUGUCUACAUGGGUGCCACUGUGUUCAUGUAUCUGUUGGAUUUUAUGUCACCAUAUAUUUGAUAGAAUAAUUUUUAGGUUUUCUUGUCAACUGGAAUAACUCUUACCAAGAUUUGUGUGAGACAUAUGAGAUAUUUGUGGGUACAGUUUGAAAUGUAUAUUUCCAUGGACCUAUAGUGAAGCAAAGACAAGAUUUGCACAUUUAGGCACACAGAAUAAGGCUAGUUGAUCUUUAUAGUAUGUUGGAAAAAACAAGUUUGCUUUGGGAUAUUUGGCUUAUUAAUUAACAUUAAUAUAAAAUCCAAGAUAAAUGAUUAAGAAAAUCAAAGAUAAAUUGUUAACGUGAUUUCUGCAACAGCAAUAUAACCAGAUAAAUAGGACCCUACCAAAAGGUCGCCUUCGUGGAGGUUUAUCUGGGAGGAGAUUUAAACACUCACCACUGUGAGCUAAUAACAUUAAAUUGGUCUAAUUGCCAAAUUAAAUAAUAUCAAUCAAGUAAUCAAAGUCAAGGAUGCAGCUCUUCAGUAGCUGUAAAGGUGCAGUUUAGCUAACAUUCCUUUCCAUUCUUGAAUAAAACUGACAUUUGGACCUGUUGCAAUAUUUCAAUGCCUUUUGUUGCUCAUCGGGUAUAAGGAAGGAAGGAAAGAAGGGAGAGUGACAAUCACUAUGAGAGAAAGACAUCAUGAUGACAGAGCAGGUUUUAUGCUACACAUGUUCUUGUGUGUAAUUUUAAAGUAUGUUAUUUAUUUGAGUAUAUAAUUCAUCUUCCUCUUCGUCUUUAUAACGGUGAUUUGUCUUGGAUGGUGCACACUGUAAGACAUAGUAUUAAUCUUUUGGGUUUGGGGAAGACAGAUUCUGUAUAUUUUGUAUGUCCAUGCCCAUGUAAAUACGAGCUGACACUGUGUACAUUAUAGAUUUUUGCACUGUGAAAUACUCUGACAGCUAUUUUUGUUACGUUCCUGUCAUUCAUUUUGGCUUGUGUUUGUCUCUUUUUCCCCCUCGGCUCAGACUGGCAUCAUCUCAAAGCUGAUAAAGAAAAAAUUGCAUUUUAUAAAAGCCAAAACUGAUUGUUGUUUUUUUUUUAAAAACCUAUUUAGCACAAGAAUACAGACAUAAAAGAUU